CAGCAUGGUGUGACAAAGGAAUACAACAGAUCAGCCUUCAAAGCCGAUGGCCAGGACACGGCAGCAGCAAUAUCAGCCUUGCACCAAGAGAUCGAAGGGUGGUACGGGGAGUAUCAGCACCACAAGGAGGGGACCACUAUAGCCAACACCACCCUUACCACUAUCGGCCCACUGCUGCAGCAGAGCGCCACACUGCCAGAGAGGAGCGCCACCGUCAGGGAACUGCCAACAGCACUGUAAAUCUGGCUUCUGGUUCCUCCAACCAGCCUUUAGACCAGACCUCACUCACCAAACCAGCCCAGCCCAGUGUAAAUCAAACCCUGGGUUCCAGCUUAGCUUCAUCUCCUUUCACCAAACACCCUGAGAUGGUGUCAUCCUCCUCUGAGUCGUUAACUCCAGGAGGAGGAGGAAGUGGAGCGAGUGUGUCUGGAGGGGCAAAGAGAGGAGAACACCCUCAGCCAAGCCUCAUCCCUCGUGCAGUCGGGGCCAGCGCCUCUUCCAGCCUCCACAGUCUCGCAAGCAGGGGGAGCUCCACACAAAACAUCUCAUCAUCAGACCGGGCCUCACCGACACCUCCUACACCUUCAUCAGCUUCCUCCUCUUCCUCCUCCUCCGCAUUCACUGGCCGCUUAGGACAACCACCCCGUGGCCCGCUUUCUCUGCAUAGCUACAGUCGAAAAAAUGUCUUCCUCCAGCAUUCCCUGCAUACGGCCGAACUGCAAGCCCUGACGCAGAGAGACACUUGAGGAUGCUAGGAUAUCCAUCCUGCCAAAAGCAGCUGAAUCAUUAGCUAAAAAUAUUAUAAGUGUGAAUACUUAGGAGGAAAACAUUGCUGCUUCUCAUAAUAUAGUUACAACAAACUUACCAAUCAGAAAAAUAGAACCACGAUUAAACCUCCCCUCCCUUCAUCUCACGCGCCUACAAUCACUUUGAGGUCCUAACCAGCCCUUGAUUUACUUGCUUAGAGAUUUGCUUGAUAUUACAUACGCACAUAAACACACACAAACACAUCAGGAGGUGAGAUUGAAAAAAGGCACUCACCCGUCUAUCAUUGCUCCCACGUUGUGCCAUGCUGACAGUUCAGAUGAGCUUACGCCCACAGACAAAAACUCCACACAAACAGAAAUACAGUCACCCACACUCAAACUCACACUCUGACACAAAGACGUCGUCUGUGAUAUCUCUGCUAGGCCAUCUGCACCAACAGCACGGCGGUAAAACUGAAUGAAAGGACGAGGUGUCUGCAUUGCUAAGCUCAGUCUAUUGAUUGACUGCUUUUUAACAAUGAACCAAUUUGCUGCUGAAGAACUUCUGGACCUGACUGUGAUUUGUGCUCAUGAUCAUGUUUUUCCAGCCUGCCAAAUCCAACACCGGAUCAAAUCCUCAUUCCACAGGGGUCCAGAUUAAGAGACUGCAAACCUUGUAGAACUGCAUGCUUUUUAACUUAAAAAAGGACCCCGCUGGGCAUUUAUUGCUGCAGCAACUUUAAUCUUAUUACAACAUAAAGUCUCAGUAUGAACUUUCUUGUCAAUGUUUUUAAAAGGGAAGGAAACGUGUUAAAAACUUUCAUGACAUUAAUUAACCUGCUUGUAUAGUCUUUUGGGAACAAUAUAAAUCAUUGGAGAUAGAAAAAAAAUAUUUUCUUCACUCAAUACUUUUUUUAGUUGUAGGGAUGCGAGGUUGAACUUUAACCCGCAAUAUACUUAAGGAGAUAAUGAGUAUCUGUCCACAAGACAUCAGGAAUAAGAUAAUAAGUCUGUUCUAAAAUAUAAAAAGGCCAUAACUUUGAUAAGCUAAUGUCAAACUUGAGUUUGGAGAAAAUGGUACUAUGUUUGACUUUUUUUUUUUUUAUAGAUAAGAAAAAAUCUGAGCCUUUUCUUUGCAGUAGAUGGUGAUGGGCAUUUUGAAUAACAGCAAACUGGAACCUGAUAAAUAAUCACCUUGAAGGGAUAACUGGCAUUUUUCUCUAAACUAAUUAUGAGUCAUGGUUUCCCUGCUGUAGAGAUAUUUUCCGUAUUACAGUGAGUUUGUAGAAAACUGAAUAAUCACAACUAAAGAAAUGGACUCCUUGCUUUAGCUCAAAUAUCGUAUAUGAGAAGUUAUUAUUAUGUCAACUGUUUCAAAAGUUACAUAUGUUAUGUCUGGUGAAGUUUUCUCUUUCCGUUUUUUCAGUUUUCUCUUUCAACCCUGAAGUUAUUUCAGUUAAGGCUACCGACUCUAUCAGUCCACCAAGCAAAAUGCAGCAAACCAGCUGUGUUAUUUCAGUUAAAAGUAGUACAGUAGGUUUUUUGUACUUUCCAGAUCUCUUGAAAUGAUUUUUGUCUCUGCUGAAAGUGUAGCUGAUUAAUAUCUGCAAAAAGAUCCUGGAUCAAUCUUUAAAGACUCGGAAAAAGAUGCUUUUAAGAAUGGGCAUUUUCUGCAGGAUUUAAACUGAGCUAUAAGUUCAGCCUUCUUGCAGAGGAAAUACAUAAAAGAAAGAGGAAAAAACAAAUGAAGAAGGAAUACUGUCGAAAACAAUGUUUACCUUUAAACAGACUUUUCAUUCCUUGAAUGAAACCAUUUAAAAAUAACAAAGAUUCCAAAAAUUGUCUCAGUUUUAAACAAUGCGCUGUUCUUGCUGUCUAUUAAAAAUAUCUUUAUUCAUAGAGAAAAUCAGUAAACCUUUCUAUAAAGCUCUGCCAUAUGUUCCUAAACUUUUUUUUGAGGGAUUUCAAUAAGCAUGUAUAAAGUUUCAAAAUAUAGAUAUUUUAGAUGGCCCUUUUCUGGACAGCCAAUGUGAGAGACGUUGUUGUUCUGUGAAAAAAGUCAGUUAUCAAUUCAAAUGAUGACCUCCUGUCUCACUACAACAUCUCCACAUCACCAGCCACGAUUUAAUACCCCUGCACAACUUAAAGGAAUAGUACACCCAAAACAUGAUUAGCCUUCAUUUUCUACUCACCCCCAUGCUGAACAACACUCUGGAGUACUUUUUUGAUAUCUCAAAUGCAUCUGGAGAUC